UUGUAUUUUAACAUUUGUUUUACCCUCUCCCUUGGAGUGUCAAAAAAUUAUUGUGUAAAUUUUAGCAUAUAGCCUCUACGCUGGAGAUGCUCUAAGAGUGGACAAUUGAAGUGAAUGAAUGGCUGUCAAUAUGACACCACAACUGCACUGUCCACCGCCACCACAUCAUCUCUCUCCCUUCAAAUCUCUCUCUCUCUCUCUCUCUCUGUGGACGCCAUGGCAGCUCUGCACACUACGCUUGCUCUCUCUCAUCCAUCUUCAUCAAAUUGUCAUAAGCCUCCUCUGUAUGCAUCUGGCAUUGUUAUGGCCAGACUCAUCCCUGUUCAUCAAAGCUCUUCUUCUUAUUCUUCUUCCUCCUUCACCACCACCCUCCAACCCCGCGUGCGGGCCCACAAACGGAAUCCUAGAAAAGCACUAACAACAAAAACAAUGGUGGUGGUGGCGGCGAAAGUGAAACCCUCGAUCCAGUUCAUACAAGGAAGGGACGAACAGACGGUGCCAGACGUGCGGCUCACCCAAUCCAAGGACGGGACCAACGGCGUGGCCAUAUUCAGCUUUGACCAGCCCUCCGUGUUUGACUCGUCCAAGGAAGUGGGAGACAUCACCGGGCUUUACAUGGUCGACGAGGAGGGCGUUCUUCGCUCGGUGGAUGUGAAUGCCAAGUUUGUCAACGGGAAGCCCGCGGGGAUCGAGGCCAAGUACAUAAUGAGGAGUCCGAGCGAGUGGGACCGGUUUAUGAGGUUCAUGGAGCGGUAUGCCGAAGCUAACGGCUUGUCGUUCAUCAAGAAAUGAUGAAAGGGACUUUCAGUGUCUGUUGGGUUUGUACAUUUUGUUCUCUUGCAUCUUCAAGAAUGGAAAAGCACUGUUAUGGUUUUUGACAACAUUGUGUAUUGUGUUGGGUUUUCUUCCAAUUGUUUUCAUUUCUUCCAAUGUUUCUGUUGGUUUUUGAAGAACCAACCAAACCAAACAGACUUUCAGAUAAAUGAAAACUGGAGAGUUAG